UAAGCUAAAGGAGGUUAUAAAGGAAGUUUGAAACCUCCUUUCCUUUCAUUUGGAGAAUUGGAACGGCACUUAUCAUGGCUGCCACUGAGGGACUUCCGGGUCAUUUCACUCCGUUAGGAAGGUUCCUAAGCUAAAUGGACUAUUGGAACGCAACCGGAGUUUUUUUCAAAUGAAAUGGCUUCCGGUCUCCCCAGCAGAGUGGAUUUAAAAGCAGCAGUGAGCGGAGGAAUCACUAAUAAAUGAACAUUCUGGAGAAAUGGAUCUGCUGGAGAAGGACCCCUAAUCUGAAAAGUGCACAGCGGAUCAUCAGGACAGAGCUGCCAUCCACCUGGACCCCCCCGAGGUGCUGGAGAAGGACCCCUAACCCCAGCGGAUCAUCAGGACAGAGCUGCCAUCCACCUGGACCCCCCAAGGUGCUGGAGAAGGACCCCUAACCCCAGAGGAUCAUCAGGACAGAGCUGCAUCCACCUGGACCCCCCGAGGUGCUGGAGAAGGACCCCUAACCCCAGCGGAUCAUCAGGACAGAGCUGCCAUCCACCUGGACCCCCGAGGUGCUGGAGAAAGCAAAACGGCGAUCAGGAGCAUCCUCCACCCAGACCUCUGCUUACUGCCGUCCUACAGACUUGUGUCUUACUUUCAGAAUUUGAUUUUGUAUGUGUCCUUUCUUUUAAUAGAUAUUUAACGAUUAUAGCUUGAGUCUGUCUGAUUCCCCAAACAGCUGCUUCUAUAUACUUGCUGCACAUAUAAUACAAAUAAACAACUCCAUAAACACACUUUUGCUGAUAUUUGUGUUGCUGCUGGUGAUGUUAAAUAACAUGAUUGAUUUCCUCUGUCUCAAUGAUGAAAGUUAUAAUAAUAGAAGACAUGAAGCUGCAGAGAGAGGAUGGAUAUAUUCCUACCUCUACUUUGUGAUAAGAUGAAAAUACAAUAUUACAUUUUAAUUGUUAAACACAUUGUUUAUUUCAUUUACUGAGGUUUUAAAGAUUAUUUACAACAUGUGUACAUAAGCAGUGGAAUAAUAGGAUAUCUCUAGGUCAUUAAUCUGUCUUCAGUUUAUGUAACUGUCUUCACUUUCUGUUGUUCAUUUGUUUCCACGUUGUAUUUUUGGUUCCUACCUUUUAUGUGCAACAUUAUUAGAGGCGGAACUAAUCUGCUGUGUUUUGUGUUACACCUGUUUAAUCGACGCACUGGAUAAUUGCAACGGCAGAGCAACGCAGGACGUUAAAGGAAAACUAAGGAAACCAAGGGAAAAUGCAUAUAAAGUUAUCAGCCCUUCUAGGUGACUAGCAGCCUACGAGUUCUCACGGGUUGGAAUAGGUCCCACAAGAAUAAACCCCGUAUUUAAUCAAGACCUCAGCCUCGUGUCAUUUACUGGAGGGAGCUACAGGGAGAACUCGACUGCUCCGCAUGAGUAGACUAGUAAAACGGCGCCAGACGGCAGCGAUCCAUGGACGGCACGGGACAUCUCCGUCGCAGCGUGUGCAUCUGUAGCAGCCAUCUACACAGCAGCACAAGAUCCAACUACUUCUGGAAGGUCCAGGUGCUUUAGUGUAAAUGUAGGUGCAACAAAGAGACUUCAAAGUGCCAUACAAAGAAAAUGGGACAUUUGCAUUGUUCAUAUAAUCUGUGUUAAUGUUAUUUACUUACCUUUCUAAUGGAAGUUAAAGGUUGUUAAUAUUGAUUUGUGUAUUAAGGUAUCUGCAGUAAGUAUUUGCAGACUAAGUAACAAAGUACAUUUAAGGGACAAUAUAUUUCAAGUGAUAAGUGUUGAAGAAAUGUACCAAGUUUUGUUGUUUGCCUAUAUCAUUAUCACUUGUGAUUUUCAUUUAAAUAAGGCUCAAUAGCUGUGUAUAAGCUUAAGAUAACUCAAAGCUAAUAUCUAAAUUGGCUAACUACUUAGCUUUAAAGAUAAUUAAAUAUUAGAGUUAAAACCAAACUUAAGUAAACAAGUAAAAUGUCAGAUGUUGAGUCUUACACUAAGAGUGAUGAAGUGAGUGUAGUAGAAAACGAGCAACCACAGGCAACUGAAGAUCCGAAAAUGGAUAGCCUUUCCACACAAGAGCCACAAAGGAGCCAAAGAGUCCGGAAGUUAACGGAAAAGGGCCAAGAACUGCACGAUGAGCAAGUAACAAGACUUGUACAGUGUGAGCUACAAAAGGUGGAAAGAUAUCACAAAGGAAGCCAAACAAGCGCUAAGUGGUCAAUGCUCUAAUGACCUGCUGCAUGAAUACAUCACUAAGGUAAGGAAGACCUCCAAUGAUGUAAAUAUUGCUUAUGAAGAGUUGAGGCUCAUUGACAUUCCCGACCAUGAAACACUUCACAGAGAAGACACCUGUGAAGCAGUUACAAAGACAAUCAUUGAGACUGCAAGAGAACAAAUGGACACAAGAAAGGACAAAAGUCAUGAAGAAGAAGAAAUUGGUAAAAACCAGACAGAGUCUGUAUGCAAAUCUGUUGCCUCUGUUAAGAGAAGUAAUGGCUCUCAUGUCACCAGGUCCUCGACUCAUUCUCGUAGCAACUCGAGAGCCACAUCAAGAAGUUAAUUCCUCUCUUCUAUCAAAAGACAAGAAGCCGCUGCUGAAAUUGCUGCAAAUGAAGCGACUUUAGAAGUAAUGCUAGAACAGGAACAACAGAUCGAAGAACUUGAAAUACUGGAGGCUGAAGCUGCUCAGUUAACAGCCAAACAGGAGGCAGAAAAUGCUGAGAGGCAAAGAGAGUUACAAGCCAAGCGCAGACAACUAGAGCGAUUAGAAACCGUAAAGAAGCUAAAAGCUGCAAAGGCGAGGCAUCAAGUAUAUGAACAGAAUGCAUGCUCAGACGAAGAAAUUAGCGAGCUGCUCCAUCAACAUGUUCCUCUGGUUGUGAAAGAAGAACUCAAGCUUAAAAGCAGUGAACUGCAAAACCACUCACCACCUCAAGCUGCGACACAACAAAAACAAGAAGACAGUACUUCAGCUCUUGUCAGAGCUCUUGCAGAGUCCAUCAGUGCAAGUCGUCUACCUGUACCUGAGCCUACAACGUUCAGUGGUGACCCACUGAGGUUCAAUGACUGGAAGGUCUCCUUUCGUACACUCGUUGACAGGAAAAACAUCCCAGCUGAAGAAAAUAUAUACUAUCUAAGAAAGUAUGUGGGUGGACCCGCCAAGAAGGCCAUAGAGAGCUACUUCCUGCUAGGCACAGAGUCAGCCUAUCAUGCCGCGUGGACAAUCCUAGAAGAGAGGUACGGUAAUCCUUUCCUCAUUGCUAAGGCCUUCAGAGAUAAGCUUGAUGCAUGGCCCAAGAUAAGUUCCAAAGACAGUGUAGAACUUCAAGAGCUCUCUGACUUCCUUCACAGCUGUGAGGCUGCCAUGUCACAGAUCAAAGGACUUGAGGUACUUAACGACUGCAACGAAAACCAAAAGAUGCUUGCUAAACUUCCAGACUGGUUGACCUCAAGUUGGAACAGAAAGGUCACAGAAAUGGAAGAACAAAAUCACACGUUCCCAACCUUCAGCCAGUUUGUUAAAUUUCUCACACGUGAAGCCAAAAUAGCUUGCAACCCAAUAACAUCUCUCCAUGCUCUCAAAUCAAGAGAAAGCGAAAAAGGCAAGAUUUUAACGAACAGAAGUCCUGUAUCAAACGUAUUGACUACAGAGACAAAUGAAACUGCAGACGCCACAAACUGUCUUUUCUGUGAGAAGACGGGACACGGUCUGCACAAAUGUUACGAAUUCAGGGAUGAGACAAUCUCUGAGCGAGUCAAGUUUGUUCAAGAAAAUAAGUUGUGCUUUGGCUGUUUAAAAUCUGGCCAUCGCUCAAAGGAAUGUAAAAACAGAAAGAUGUGCAAAACAUGCGAAAAGGGACAUCCAACUUGUCUCCACGACAAUCGCACCAGAGAAGAAAGAAUGUCAACAAACAUUGAUGGUGCAAGAGAAAGCACAAUGGAACGUCCACAAGGUAAAGCGGGAAGCACACCACAUGAGGCAACAUCCAAUACAGUCUUCCAGAAUGUUAAAGACCCACAUACAUCCACAAUCGUUCCAGUGUGGGUGUCAGCCACAAGUGAGCCACAUAGGGAAAUACUUGUGUAUGCACUCCUCGAUACACAGAGUGACACAAGCUUUAUCCUUGAAGAAACGACAAAGGCUCUUCACACAAAGAAUGAAACAGUGCAGCUAAAGCUCUCCACAAUGGCUUCAAGAAACACAGUCGUGUCAUGUAGGAAGCUAACUGGUCUCCAAGUGAGAGGAAUCUACUCGGACAGGAUAAUACCUCUGCCAGUAACCUACUCAAGAGAAUUCAUCCCAGCAAACAGAGACCAUAUUCCCACACCAGAGACUGCGAAAGCAUGGCCUCAUCUUGAACACCUCGCAGAUGAGAUCGCUCCUCAGCAAAGCUGUGAUGUUGGCCUGCUUAUCGGCUACAACUGUUCCCAAGCUCUCGUCCCAAGAGAAGUGGUGCCUGGUGAAGGAAACCAGCCCUUUGCACAGAGGACAGAUUUAGGCUGUAGUGUUGUCGGCUUUGGCAAUCCCUGUCUCGACAUUGGAGAUAUGAUUGGAGUAAGUCACCAGGUAACCGUGAAGCAAGUGAUACCAAGUCUCCAGUCUUCAAACCUCCCAAGGGAAGUACACUACGACUGUAGAACACAGAUUAAGGAAGUCUCACCUGCAGAUGUCGUCGAGGUGCUGGAAUCUGACUUUGUCGAAAGAGCUUCUGAAGAUAACCCUGCAGAUCAGGCCUCCAAAGGUCUCACAGCACAGCAACUUCAAGCCUCAAAUUGGUUCACAGGCCCAGACCUACUUUGGCAGAAAGAGCUACCAAGUGGAGAAGUCAAGGUGGGAGAGAUCGUGAGUAGUGACCCAGAGCUUAAGAAGGCCCAGGUUCAUGAUACCCAGGCAAACGAAGUAAAGUCGCUACUAGAUCACCUUCACAAAUUCUCAGACUGGUCAAGAGUGGUUAAAACCUUUGCCAGACUCAAGCGCCUUGCAAAGGAAAUUAAAGGUCUCAAGCCAAGGUCCUGUGAAGCCACACGCUUAGAGGAGAGGAGAGAAGCAGAGCUGACCAUAAUCGAGAUGGUUCAAGAAGCAACACUCUCUCAAGAAAUAAAGUGCCUUCAGCAGCAUAAGGAGUACCAUCUCCAACAAAGACCAAAGUGGAUCAAGGACCGCAGAAACGUCAAGGUAAAUGACGUUGUCAUUCUGCAAGACAACACUAUACCACAUGGCCAAUGGAAGCUGGCCAGGGUUGUGGAAGUGUACCCAGGAAGAGAUGGAAGAGUGAGAAGGCUCAAGCUGCUUAUCAGCAACUCUACCCUGGAUGUAAAGGGAAAGCGCCUCGCUAAACCUGUCUACCUCGAAAGGCCUAUUCACAAGACGGUGUUGUUGUUGGAAGCAGACUAAGACUCAGUUACUCUCACUCACACUCUGCACUUAAUAGUUCUAAAACGAAAUAGUUAGUUUUACAUUAAUGUAUAUCGGUUUUUCUAAAAAUGUUAUGGAAAUCACAGGUGAUUUGGUGGGAGUGUAACUGUCUUCACUUUCUGUUGUUCAUUUGUUUCCACGUUGUAUUUUUGGUUCCUACCUUUUAUGUGCAACAUUAUUAGAGGCGGAACUAAUCUGCUGUGUUUUGUGUUACACCUGUUUAAUCGACGCACUGGAUAAUUGCAACGGCAGAGCAACGCAGGACAUUAAAGGAAAACUAAGGGAACCAAGGGAAAAUGCAUAUAAAGUUAUCAGCCCUUCUUGGUGACUAGCAGCCUACGAGGUACGUUUUCGUGCUGGUUGUUUGUGUAAUUGUGUGCGGUUGAGCUGCAGGUUUGUGUAUGCGCUAGCUUGUGCUACAUGCUAUUGUUAGCUUGUGCUACUUGCUGUGUGGGAUAUGUGCGCCGUUUAUUGUUUAAUUGGCGGCAUUAACAGUGAUGACAUAUGCAUAUAUUACAUAUUUAUUUGUUGUUUAACUUUUAUAUUUUUCUGUCUUAUAACCCAGUUCUCACGGGUUGGAAUAGGUCCCACAAGAAUAAACCCCGUAUUUAAUCAAGA